CGGGACUUGGAAAGGUCAGCCAAUCAGAACAAUGACUUUUCUUUGCUAACCCCUGAGCUGGGAGAACAUGGCGUUACGGGAGCUAUCGUCGCUAGAGAAAUAUUUGGGCCUUAAAAAGCCCAAUAAAUACAGUACACAGGGAGACAAAAAGGUACCAGUCCUGCAGAAUAACCAGGGCCCUCCUCUGGUGGGGCUGAUAACCAUCGCCUGUCACCUGGUGAAAGAGGCCAAGCGCUCUGAUCUGCUGGGUGAAUCUGCUGAGAGCAGAGCGGUGGUGCAGCAGUGGCUGGAGUACAGGGUCACCAGACUUGAUGGCUGCACAAAAGAAGACAGCAAGUCCAUAUUGAAGGAACUCAACAUCCACCUGCAGGACAAUGUCUACCUGGCAGGGAACCACUUCACCUUAGCUGAUACUCUUAUGUACUAUGGAAUACAUCCACUCAUAGUGGACUUGACCGUCCAGGAGAAGGAGCAGUAUCUGAACGUCGCCCGCUGGUUCGACCACAUCCAGCAUGUCCCCCGCCUGCGGCACCACCUCCCUCCAGUAGCAGUACUCAGGAACAGAAUCUACACCGGCAGACAUCAUUGAACCUCUUUCCUCCAAACCCCCACAUCGACUUGUUUCUUCUUUGGGCCCGACCAAUCGUCUUAAACCCAAGAGUGCGUUGUUUAUGUUGUGUCCACCAUCUGUACGUCUUUGCUGCUUUAUGGUUGUCUGUUUAUAUUACCAAAAUAAUGUCAGUCAUUUUAAAUCUAGUAGCUGUGAGCUUUUAUCAGAAUGUCCGGACUGCCUAACAAACUUUGACAAAAGUGUAGAACGUUUUAUUCCUCCUGUGGUCGGGGAGUGAUGACAUGGAAAGUCCCAUAGUUUAGUGGUAAAUUGUGUUCGCUCUUUUCAAAGGGAAAGCUGUUUACGGUGUGGUGUAGCGCUGCUAACUCGGUUAAAAGGUGUUCUUAUUUAUGAAUAGGAUCUUCUGUUUAAUCUGAGCCUUGAAUUUUUUUUUUUUUUUUUUAUGAUGGCUAUUACAAAGUAAACGGGCUGUGCGUACCUAACCCAUCAUUCAUGUCUGUACAGUUUUAUCCCAUUAGGUAUUUUUUAAGUUUAAUUUGUAUCCCAUCCAUUUGACUGGACAGCGUUGUCUCGCCUGUAUUUCUGUUAAUUCUCAAUUACAUCCCCGCUCUCCGUUCCACUUCCUCGCCACCAGUUGUGUGGGCAGCAUCGAGCAGUUGAACGUCAGCCCCAGAGUCAGAGAUCAGAGUGAGCCUCCAAUCAGUCCCAGUACCACCACUGUUGAUGCUGCAGGCCAGAAAGAGGGCAGUGGGCUCACCAGCUGCCACACAGAUCCAGCCAGCCAAGGCCAGAACUCAGGCCCCUGGGCGACAGUCAGCCACUGUGUGUCAUUUCAACCCUCAUGCUCCCACGGGGCUGCGGCGGAGAGAAGGACGAGGAGAGGCAGCGAGUGAGCGAGCGAGGGAGGGAUGGAGGCCACAAAGGAAAACAGCACCCAGAGGCCGAGAGAUCUUUUAGUGACACGAACAAUCAUCCGGGUCUCUGCAGGCGGGCUGGAUGCUUGCCAUUAGCAUAAUUAACAGGUCAAACGGUGGCAGCAGAGGCAGAACCUCUGUGUUCAUGAAGGUAAUGAGGAACACGGACAACACUAGGUACAGUUUAAGGACUAUCGUUUGUCUUCACUCUUUCUGUCACUGAUUCUGCUCCCACGCCUUAAUAUUUCCGUUGAGAUACCUGCAUUUUAGCAGUUUUCUUUCCUACAUUACAAAUCUUCAGGAUACAAACAUGAUGUUCACCCUUUGCCAAUAAAUCAAAAAGAUGCAGAGCUUAUGACCCCUGA